AUGCCACUGCUUUUUGUCAGACCUCGAUUAUAUCGGAAACUGGUUGACAGGUUUGUUGGAUUUUGGUUGGUUCUACCAUCUGUAAGUUUUUAAAAAUCUUUAAACUUAUUCUUCCUAUUGUAUAGGGUUUAAUGGAGUACGUCUUUGGUGUCAAGCUGGUAGUCAGAGGUGAAUUGGUGGACAGAAAUAAGCCCGCCUUGAUUAUCAUGAACCACAGAACAAGACUGGACUGGCUCUUCUUCUGGAAUGCUCUUUUCCGAAUGGAUCCCUGGCUUCUGACCACAGAAAAGAUCUCCCUGAAAGGAAUGUUGAAACAUGUUCCUGGUGCUGGAUGGGCGAUGGCCUCCAACUGUUUCAUAUUUCUGGAUAGAGUCUUCCAAAAGGAUGGCCCGAGGAUAGAAACAUUGGUAGAGUACUACUCAAACCUUGGUUUUAAUUACCAACUUCUCUUAUUCCCUGAGGGUACAGACAAAUGUCCGAUUGCUACUGCUAAUUCCAAGAGAUUUGCUGAUAAGAAUGGCCUAGUUCAUUAUGGUUACGUUCUCCAUCCAAGAGUCACCGGAUUCACCCAUAUUGUUCAGAAAAUGAGAGAGUGCAAUUACAUUGAUAACAUUUACGAUGUAACUGUUGGAUAUCCGGAAGAGAUUGUACAAUCUGAGCUUGAUCUGGGCGUUCUUGGAGCUUGUCCCAAGAAGAUCGUCUUUGAUGUCCGGAAGAUUGAAAUGAAAGAUGUACCCAAAGAGACGGAACAACUUGGGGAAUGGCUGGUAAAACUGUGGGAAGAUAAGGAGGUGAAGUUAGAGAAGUUCUACGAGAAACCCCUUUCGCAGCGAGUCUUUGAUACCAAGCCCGGGGACGUCGAGUUUAAGGCGAGUCGGUGUUACCCGAUGUUAAUGCAUAAAUGUUUCAGCUGUCUACUCAAACAUUUGUGAUCCAGGCGGCGAUAGUUGGUGCUUGGUGUGUAAUGUUGGUGGUAUGGCUCUACAUCAUGUUCAAUUACAGCUACCAGUUCAUGUUGGCCAUGUUGACAAUGACUUUCUUUGUUGGGUGUCAAUUCUACUAUGGAGGCCUUGAGUAUUUACUUUCUCAACAAGCCAAACAACCAGCUCUGGCUCCGUACUUUGGCUAUGAGAUUCAGAAGUCAUCUUAA